AUGCAUGACCUGGGGGCUGAGACCGUCCACGGUAGCAGCUGUGCUCCGACGGUCAGGCGUGACUCCAGGCCGGGACCGGUGCCCCGAGGCGUAGGCCGAAGGCGUGCACACCGCGAGCAAGUGCCCGGAGGACUUCGCUUAGCCCUCGCUUCCCGCUUCUCGCUGGAUUCCGGGACAGACACCGAAUGCGCCCGCUGCCCGCCCGCCCGCCCGCCGCGUCCUCAGCUCCGGGCUGCUGAUGUCAGAGCGCGGGGCUCCGCCCGGGCCAGCCUUCCCGCCUGCCCUGUGCUGCUCAGCGAUCCUGGGUAUGAAGAGGUGAAGAGAGUGAAGAGGUUCAGAGGCCCCCCCAAGCAGCCUCACAGCAUAGCACCCCUGUUCUUAGGCCUAGCAGAGGUGGAAUUUGAGGGGCCGUGGAUAUCCCUGGAGGUUCCAGCUCUUUCCCAGGAGGGGAGAACUAAAGACUGGCAGAUAGCUGCAGUGCUUCUCACUGCCUGGUCCCAGAUGCUGGUGACCUUUGAGGAUGUGGCUUUGUACCUCUCCCAAGAGGAGUGGGGCCGCCUGGACCACACACAGCAGAGCUUCUGCAGAGAGGCCCUGCCUUUCUGGACCUCCCAUGUGCAGGGGAAGGGCGAGGCCUCUAGCUCCAGCGGACAGACAGGAGAAGAGGAGGAGGAGGAGAUGGCCGUGUGCACAGGGUCUCUUACAAAAGCCUCCCUCACUGGACACCCUCUUUCCCCCGAAGCUGUGGAGAUGGGGAAAGAGGUCCUGGCCCCUGCCUCCCUCGGGGAUGUGAGCAGCCAGGACUCAGGACAGACCGUGGGCGACGGGCCGCCCUGGCCUCUGGAGCAGGAACAGCCAAAGAUAGCCACGCUAGCCACCAGCCUUCCAGAAACCCAGGAGGGCAAUGUUCCUGAGAAGCACAGCCAGGAGGAAAAACACACCACUGAUGCCGCCAAGAGAGUCAGCAGCAAAAAGACCUAGUGCGAGCAUUGUGGCAAGGGCUUCAGCUGCCAUUCACACCUGCUGACACACCGGUGCGCACACACAGGCGAGAAGCCCUACGCCUGCACGGACUGUGGCAAGGGCUUCGUCAGCAGCUCCCACCCCAUCUAGCACCAGAUCAUCCACACGGGUGAGAAGCCCUACACCUGCCCCUCCUGCUGGAAGAGCUUCAGUCACCACUUGAUGCUCAUCCAGCACCAGUGCAUCCACUGUGACAAGUCCUUUACCCGCCAUCUGGACCUUGUCACACUCCAGGGCACCCACACGGGCGCCAAGCCCCACAAGUGCCCCGUCUGCAGCAAGUGCUUCACACAGAGCUCAGCCCUGGUCACCCACCAGCGUACCCACACUGGCGUCAAGCCCUACCCAUGCCCUGAGUGCGGCAGGUGCUUCAGCCAGCGUUCCAACCUCAUCGCCCACAACCACACUCACAUGGGUGAGAAGCCCUACUGCUGCCUCGACUGUGGCAAGAGCUUCAGCUACAGCUCACCCACUGCAGUGUGCGGCCUUACUCCUGCCCAUCUCUGCAGCAGGAGCUACGGCCACAGCUCCAACCUUGUCGCCCACAAACGCACCCACACCAGCGAGAAGCCCUACCAUUGCCUAGAAUGCGACAAGAGCUUGACCCACAGCAUGUGCCUCACUGCCCACCAGCGCACCCACCGAGGCAUCCGGCCCUACUCCUGCCUCCUGUGUGGCAAGAGCUUUAGCCGCUGCACCAACCUGCACCAGCACGAGAAGAUCCAUACCACGGGGCCCAGGACCCUGGCCAUGCUGAUGCAGGGAGCAGCUGUGGGUGCCCUGGCAGCACCUUCACCGCCCACCUAGGAAGCGGGGAAAGGAGUCAGAAAAACAAAUGACAAGGGCAGUAGUGGAGGGAAGGAGAGCGUGGGGAGGGAUUCGGGGAUGUGGCAGGCAUGGGGUGGGGCUUGGCAACGUGGUAGGAGCUGGAGACAGUGGAGCACUCACUCUAGCUGCAAAUUAAAGGCCUUGGAAUUCAAGAAA